AUGAGCUAGGAAGUACACUCAACGGAGAUCAAAGGGAGGGCAAGUCGAAAGCAUUUUCCUUAAUUAGAUUUGAGUGAUCUCAAGCCAAAAGCCAAUUUUCUUGAUAGUCUAUUACACAAGAAGUAUCAACUAAAUAAGAAUGUGUAGUAAUAUACAUUGGGGAAAGUCUAUUUGGAGUCCCAAAAGGAGAGAGUUGUUUUUAGAGUGUUUUAAGAUUCCGAUUUAAAUAUAUCUUCGAUCUUCCAAUAGAAGCUUAAUAAAACUACAAUAGACGAUGAUGUGAUGACUACUUAUUCUCAGAUUUCUCAUGCUAAGAAAUAAAAUAAAAAGGAUUUGAUCAGGAGAAUUUACGAAAAAGAAAAAUGGCCUAAAAGCAAAAAGGAGUCUAUCGAGGAAAUGGAAUAGUCUCUCUUCGGAUCGGAUGAGGAACCUCAGCCCUUUUGUACGCAACAAUAGAAUCAGGAUAGAAAGACAGCCUAAUUUAUUUAAUCUUAGUGAUCGACGUUGAUAUAUAAUUAUUAUAAUAACUAAAAUUAAUAAAUAAUUU